CGGGCGGGUCGGCCGGCAGUCCAGUGUUGACAACUGGCAACAUCGUUUCUCAGAUUUGUGUGCGCCGGCAUCGCACGUGAACGUGUCGCAAAAUCUCAAUAAAUUAGUGAAAUCACCAUGUCGGACGAAUAUUUCUAUGGUGUGACUUUGUCGGCGUCGCAUCAGUCCGAGACGUGGGACCCGGAGGCGAAGGCGGAGUACCCUCGCAGCAACAAGCUGCUCAUCCGCCAGGCACUGCUCGGGCCAGACGCCAAGCCAGAUGAACUCAAUGUUGUACAGGUUGAGACAAUGUCCCUGCAGGACUCAAUCAAGAUCCCUGUAGCAGUCCUCAAGGCGGGAGAGACGCGACACGCGCGCCUCGACAUCGAGUUCCCAGAUGCCCCAGUCACAUUCACCCUUAUUCAGGGCUCGGGCCCCGUGCACCUGAUCGGACAGCACCUUCUGGGAGCGCUGGUGGAGGAGUUCGAGGACAUGGAGGAAAUGGUCGAGGAGAUGCUGGAUGAGGAAGAGGAAGAUGAUAUGAAGGAUGACGAAAAUAAAAGGAAAUCGUCAGCUGGCAAGCGCAAGACGAAUGAGGAUGAGGACGACGAGGAGGGCGAGCCCAAAGGGAAGAAGGCGAAAAUGUCAAAUAACGCCAAAGGCAAAGCUCCAUCGCCGAAGAAGAACGCCAAGAAGUGAACCGCCUGAGGCCCGGGCCGCGCCGGCGCCACCGCCGGCGGGAGCGGCGGCGCGGCCCCUUAGUUGUAAUGCUAGUGCAUAGUGUGGUAAUUCAGAUAGGUUAGCGUUGUAUCGAUCGCGUGGCUGGAGAGUGGACGUGUGAGCGAUUGUCGUGAUAGUUCUUACCGGUCGAGGUAUCUGCUGACUCAGAGCUCGUAACCGAUGAUCGAGUGUGAUUUCUUCACUGAUUUUUUUUUAUUAUUUUUUCUAAACUAAAUUUUUUCCAUUCCUUACUGUGGUAUAGUGUUAUGGAUGUCAAAUUUAAUAUUAUAAGUCUAAUUCACACAGAUGUAUUUUUAAGUUAAGGCGUAAUUAAGCAUAAUCAGUGUACUUUAAGACAUUGAUCGAGUAGCCGUCGACAUAAAUUGAAUUUGCUAACGAUUUCUCAUUUCAGAAUGAAAACUCAUAAUCUAUUAUAGUUUGUUUGUACAUAUACAUAUAAAAGCAUAAGAACGGUAACAAUAAAAUAAAAACAUUUCUAAACA